AUGUGCGAAGAACAUUUUAUUAAAAAUACAACUCGUCUACAAGACGGUCGUUUCUGUGUGAGAAUACCACUGAAACAAUCACGUGAUAAUUUAGGCGGUUCCCUACAACGCGCCAAGCUUUGCCUCCUUUCUCUUGAGCGUAGGUUUAAGGGUCAACCCAAAUUUAAAAAUAAUUAUACUCAAUUCAUGUCAGAGUAUCUAACACUAGGACACAUGUCUGAAUGUUCAUUUGAUCCACGGAGGUUAGCAUAUUUUAUACCACACCAUGGAGUGAUUCGCGAAAGCAGCUUAACGACUAAGCUCAGAGUUGUUUUCAAUGCGAGCAGUCCGACUACUUCCGGUAUUUCAUAUAAUAAUUUGCAAUUAGUGGGGCCCACUGUACAGGAUGAUCUGCUAUCUAUACUACUUAGAUUCCGACAACAUAAGUACGUGCUAUCAGCAGACGUAGAAAAGAUGUAUAGACAGAUCGUCGUACAUCCUGAUGACAGACCUCUCCAACAAAUAGUUUGGAGAAAUGAUCCAUCAGAGCCCAUGAAAGCCUACCAGUUAAACACCGUUACUUAUGGCACAGCCAGCGCACCCUAUCUCGCCACCAGAUGUCUUAAGCAGAUUGGUAUGGAUUGCAAGGACGAUAAAAUCUCCGAAAUAAUAAUCCUUGACUUCUACGUCGAUGACCUAUUAACUGGAGGGGACAGCAUUCAAGAUGCGCUGGAUAUACAUAACAAGGUGUCUUCUGAACUGGCCACAGCUGGUAUGAACCUCCGUAAGUGGAAAUCAAAUGAACCUCGAGUAAUACUAAAUAAUAACAAUUCAUCUCUCGACUUAAAUAUUGGUUCUACUGAACCCUGUAAAACAUUAGGUCUCAGCUGGCAAAUCGAGUCUGAUGAACUGUAUUUUUCGACGAGUGAAAUCGUUUUGAAUAAUUUUACAAAACGUGGAUUACUCUCGGUUAUUUCACAAAUCUUUGAUCCACUGGGUCUUCUGACCCCAUGCAUAAUUUCUAUGAAAAUUUUAAUGCAAAAAUUAUGGUUACUUAAACUUACAUGGGACGAACAGUUGCCUUCGGAAAUAAUUAAAUUAUGGCUUUCAAUUGUAGAAAACUUAUCAUUUUUAAACAAUUUAAGAAUUCCACGCAGUGUUAUCUGCAAUCAAUAUAUUAAUGUAGACUUACAUAUUUUUAGUGACGCAUCUCAAAUGGCUUACGGAGCAUGUCUGUAUGUCCGUAGUUCUAAUAAUAAAAAUAAUGUGAAGGUGCGUUUACUUUCAGCCAAAAGUCGCGUGGCUCCCAUAAGGCCGACUACAAUACCACGGCUUGAGCUCUGCGCUGCACUUGUCGGUGUCCGUCUCUAUGAGAAGGUGAUAAGUUCGCUUCGAAUCCAAGUAAGAUCAGUAAUUUUUUGGUCAGAUUCGACAAUCGUUUUAGGUUGGUUAAAAAUGCUACCUAACAAAUUACAACCUUUUGUUCGUAAUCGAGUUGCCGAAAUUUUGGAAAAAACAGGUUCAUUUACUUGGCGACAUGUUCCCACUGAUCUCAAUCCGGCAGACUAUGUUUCCCGCGGUACGAACAUAAAUCAAAUUCAUAAUCUUGACUUAUGGUGGUCUGGUCCACAGUUUUUAAAGGGUGACAUGUCUAGUUGGCCUGCUAACCCUAUUGUAAGUGAGAAGCUACCAGAAACUCGCUCAGAGAUUUCUUUAGUUGUUACCGAUCAGAAAAAACCUUUAAUUGACUUUGAGAGAUUCUCUAAUUUUAUAAGAUUACAACGUUCUAUGGCCUACGUGUUAAGAUUUAUUAAUAUUUGUAAAAAGAAACCGGUACAAAGUAAAUUUUUAAGUAACGACGAACUACAUAAUUCUUUAAAUACUUUAAUUAGAUUGUCACAAAUUGAGUCAUUCGAGGAAUAUGUGACCUUAUAUAAUAACAAAAAAUUGCCUUCAAAAUGUACUAUUUUGAAAUUUAAUCCUUUCCUAGACGAAAAUAAAAUAAUGCGUGUCGGUGGUCGUUUAGGAAAUGCAUUAUUUACUUAUGAAAAGAAACAUCCGAUUAUGUUACAGUCCACUAAUCGUUUUACCAAAUUAUUGUUUAAGUAUAUGCAUGUCAAGCUUUUACACGCCGGUCCUCGUUUACUAUUAGCUUCAAUUAGAGAAAUGUAUUGGCCCAUCGGAGGCCUCAAGUUAGCUAAAUAUUGUUAUCGACAAUGUUACUUAUGUUGUCGUUAUAAGGGAAGGGUUAUAAAUCCACUUAUGGGCAAUCUGCCUCAGGGUCGAGUGACUCCCGGCGGUUUUCCCUUCGAGAGCGUUGGCGUCGAUUAUGCUGGACCUAUUAUGUCCGCCAGUCGUCAAGGCCGUGGUUGCAAGCUUACGAAAGUGUAUAUUCUCAUCUUCGUUUGUUUUGCGACAAAGGCUGUACACGUGGAGUUAACAGGCGAUCUAACAAGUAAUAAUUACUUAUCAGCACUUCGUCGAUUCAUUUCACGUCGCGGAAAACCUAAACACAUAUACUCCGACAACGGAACUUCAUUCGUAGGCGCAUACAACGAAAUCGGUCGUUUUAUAAAAGACAAUUGCAAUUCACUGUCCGAGAAUUUGGCUCAGGAAAAUAUAAAUUUCCAUUUCAUUCCUCCGCAAGCCCCUCACUUUGGCGGUCUUUGGGAAGCAGGUGUUAAGUCAAUAAAAUAUCAUUUACGGAGAAUAUUAGGUAAUUGUAACCUUACAUACGAGGAAUUAAACACUGUGCUGAUUCAAAUUGAAGGUGUACUGAACUCUCGUCCGCUGACACCUCUCUCCACGGAUCCUGAUGACUUACUGCCAUUAACCCCGGGACAUUUCCUCAUCGGCCGCCCCAUCACCUCUCUUCCUUCUCAAAAUUAUGAAGAAGUCCCUAGCAGUAGACUGAGUUGA